GAAUUGAAUUCUCCAUUUAGCAUAUUGAAUUUCAAUGCAGAUUACAUUGCCCAAAAUCCAAUUUCCCUAUAAAUAAAAUGAGUUGAGCAGCCAUAGCUUAGCAUACUAACAAGGAUCAUGGCAGGCUCUUCCUCCCUUUCUUCUCUUGCUAAGAGACUACAAGGCAAGGUAGCCUUAAUAACAGGCGGUGCAAGCGGAAUCGGAGAGACCACUGCAAGACUCUUUGCUCGGAAUGGAGCCAAGGUGGUAAUCGCUGAUGUUCAAUCCGAGUUAGGCAGCUCUGUAUCGGAGAAAAUCGAGUCAGACUCUGGGCAGCCAGUUUCGUAUGUUCAUUGUGAUGUUACCAAAGAAGCAGACGUAGAAAACGCAGUGAACACAGCCGUUUCAAAGUAUGGAAAGCUUGAUAUAAUGUUCAACAAUGCUGGAAUCUCAGGGAAAUACGAUCCAAGUAUAUUUUCAACUGAAGCUGAAGAUUUCAACAAAGUUAUUGACAUAAAUGUUUAUGGUGGAUUAUUGGGAGCAAAACAUGCAGCAAGAGUAAUGAUUCCAGAAAAGAAAGGCAGUAUUCUGUUCACAUCAAGUCUUGCUGCAGUGAUUUACGGCGGCGUUCCACAUGCUUACACGGCUUCAAAGCAUGCAGUUGUGGGGAUAACCAAGAACUUAGCUGUGGAAUUAGGAAAACAUGGGAUAAGAGUUAAUUGCAUUUCUCCGGCGGCCGUGUUCACUCCUUUAGCUGGGCGAGCUUUGGGUUUGGAUGAGAAGACAUUGGAGGAAUUUAAUUUAUCUAUAGCAAACUUGAAAGGAGUAAAAUUAGACGUAAAUGAUAUGGCAGAGGCAGCUUUGUAUCUUGCAAGUGAAGAAUCUAAGUUCGUGAGUGGAAUGAAUCUGGUGGUUGAUGGAGGCUAUAGCUUGAGACACUCAAGUUUAGGCAUUGAUAAAUCUUGAAACAGCCAUGGUUUGAGUUCUUGCAAACUGAGAAUUUGUUAGUUUUGAAUAAGCUAAGGAAUAAGGUGUUUAGUAAAUGUUUAUGGCUUUUACAACCUUUAUAUAAUAAUGGAAUUAUUUUUCAUUUAC